AUGGAGAACAUUAGAAGAAUAUUGACUAAUAGGUCAGAGUAUGCUACCAACUUUAGCAACAACUACUUCCCAGAGGUUAUUGCAGAGGUUGAGGAUAGCAUAAAGAACAAUAGAGUGGUCGUUGUUGGAAUGGCCUACAAUCCACAUGUCAAGGAGAUAAGAAAUCAAUUGACCGCUGCUGGUAUUGACUUUAAGUAUCUGGAGUAUGGUAGCUAUUUCUCUGGCUGGGACAAGAGAUUGGCAAUCAAGAUGUGGAGUGGAUUCCCAACUUUCCCACAAGUGUUCCGUGAUGGUCAACUGAUAGGAGGUGCUGAUGUCGCUGUCCAGGAGCUCAAGGAUGGAAAGUUCAAGCAGUAA